CUUAACUGAAACGCGUCAUAAUGCAUUUGUUUUUAAUUAAUUUACUAACAGUGUUAUUGUUCCAAUCGACUUCAAUAUCGUGUAUUGGAUCGAGAAAUUUUAAUAUUUUCUCUUCAUUACCAUUCGGUCCAUUCAAAAUAAUUUUCAAGGACAUUCAGAUCUGCAAUGCUUCAAAAGAAUAUAAAAUACAAAAUAAUUUUUACCUGGGCCAAAAUCCCAAAUCCAAUGUGACAGAAAUCAAAGGAAACAUUACGGUUACCAUACCAUUUGAUGACUCACUUUUUUUAGAAGGAAAUUUUGCUCGCAGAAGUGCAGACGGGAUUUGGAAAGAAAAUACGUUUAUUCACAAGAUGCCAAAAGCUUGCUCGACAUUAAGGUAUUUAAUGGGAGAAGAGUGGUCUAGAAUGAUGUACGACUUAGGAAUACAGAAUGCCACGUGCCCUGUUCCUCCGGGCGUUUAUAUUUUUCCGGGCCUGGAUACAUCGAUCUUUAAUAAGAACACCAAUUUUCCUAAAACAUUUAUUUACGGAACGUACAAACUUCGAUAUUUUUAUUCGCGUAAAAAUGAAGUAUACGGCUGCAACAUUUAUGUAGUAGAAAUUAAGCCUCUUUAACAUAACUAAAUUUUACAAUAUUGUUCACUUAUUGUCCUGUGAUAGGAUAUAAUAUUUACCAAUAGAUAAUAAGUACAUUAAUCAAGUGGCAGUGAGUACUUUUAUUAGAGAGCCUUGGAAUAUAUACUAUAAA